AUGGAUUUGGGACUGCUUGAUGCAGGUGAUCGAGUUGAUUUUCAAACAGAUCACAAAAAAAAUUUCAGAACGAAAUUCUACGAGUUCGAUAUGAAGCCGACGUGUAAACGAUGUUAUGAUCGAUUCCCGAAUGAGCUGAAGAAACGAAUAAGUGACAGUUUAAAGGAUCGCGAUCUGGAGAUCGAAAGGAAUCGAGUGCUACAAAGGCGGUCGAUGAGCCCAACCGCAGCCGCGGCCACUUCUACUCAUAGUAGUGGAGGGACGCUGAAGAAAUCAUGA